AGGAAGCAGAAGGACGCAGACUAGACGGAUUAUGUGGACACAUCGGUGAGCGAAAGCAGCUGCUUUCCACUAAUUUAAUUUGGUUUUAUGUACUCUGGGAGAGAGUAUAGGGUCUGUAAAAUGAAAGUAUGACAGCUUGAAGUGGAGUCAUUGUAAUUCAAUGUCCAUUUAACUGUGUAUUAAAAACUGAGCAACAAUGAUGUCAGAAUGCGACCCGACAGAGACGGAGACCAGCGAGGACACCGGGGCAACAGCGGUGCCGGUGCUGGAGUCUAACUUUCACUUAGCAGAGCCUCCCAAGGUGUUAUUUGACAGGAGCCGGAUAGGUGCAGGGCUGUCGGCCAACCCCGGACUCGCCGUUCGCAUUUCGGACUCUUGUGAAAGCGUCCUGACCGAGCUGGAGACGGACGGCUCCGGCGAAGAGGCGCUGUUGUUGCCGUGCUUAGCAGGAAGCUCGUCGUCGCCGAGGGGAGCGCGAGAGAAGCGGAGCAGGCGGAACAGACACAGCUCGUCGUCGGAUAAAGACACGUUGGCCUCCCCAGGUACCAACAGUGGGGACUUCAAUCAUUUCCCAGACGAUCCUGAGUUUGCAGAUAUCAUCCAAAGGGCGGAACAAGCUAUCGAGAGUGGUGUCUUUCCAGAGAGGAUUUCCCAGGGUUCCAGCGGGAGCUACUUUGUCAAAGACCCAAAAGGGAAAAUCAUUGGUGUUUUUAAACCAAAGUCAGAGGAACCUUACGGUCAUCUGAACCCAAAAUGGACCAAAUACUUUCACAAGCUCUGCUGUCCGUGUUGUUUCGGCCGAGGCUGCUUGUUACCUAACCAGGGUUACCUCUCAGAGGCUGCUGCUUCUCUGGUUGAUACUAAGCUUGGACUUGGAGUGGUGCCAAAAACCAAGGUGGUGUAUUUGGCCAGUGAAACGUUUCACUACAAUGCCAUCGACAGAGCAAAGUCCAGGGGCAAGAAGUACGCCUUAGAGAAGGUCCCAAAGGUGGGACGACGCUUCCACAGAGUUGGCCUGCCUCCCAAGGUAGGCUCAUUUCAGCUGUUUGUGGAAGGUUACCGUGAAGCCGACUACUGGCUGCGACGGUUUGAGGCAGAACCUCUGCCAGAGAACGUCAGGAAGCAGCUGCAGGCACAGUUUGAGCGGUUGGUGGUGUUGGACUACGUUAUUAGAAACACAGAUCGAGGGAAUGACAACUGGUUGAUCAAGUAUGAGAAGCCAGGAGAAGGAGAAGAAGGACAAAAGGAAGCAGAGUGGCCAGAAAACAGUCUGGACUCCUGCAUCAAGAUCGCAGCAAUCGACAACGGCCUGGCCUUCCCCUUUAAGCAUCCAGAUGAAUGGAGAGCCUACCCAUUCCACUGGGCAUGGCUCCCUCAGGCUAAGGUGGCCUUCUCCCAGGAGACCAGAGACCUGGUGCUGUCCCGCCUCUCUGACAUGAACUUUGUCCAGGACCUCUGUGAGGACCUUUAUGAGAUGUUCAAGACAGAUAAAGGUUUUGACAAAACCAUGUUUGAGAGACAGAUGUCUGUCAUGAGAGGACAGGUGUUGAAUCUGACCCAGGCGUUGAAGGACGGUAAGAGCCCCAUCCAGCUGGUGCAGAUGCCCCGAGUGGUGGUGGAGCGCAGCCGCUCAGGCGGCCAAGGUCGUGUGGUCACACUGGGCAAUGCGUUCACACAAACCUUCCACUGCAAGCGGCCGUUUUUUUCCUCUUGGUAGUCAGAGAAGGCUGAGGAGAGGUUUCUGCGGUGACUCGUUUUUUUGUUUUUUUUUAUCCUGAAGUCUGUCCUGAAGCAAGGAAGGAUGAAAUAAGGGAGAAGAUGAGAUUAUCACACUGGAAACUGUUCUUAUUUGUCCUUGCAAAAAAAGAAAUUGAAGAGGAUGAUAGAAAAUAAAAUGAAGUUUUUUUUGUGAGGAAAUUGAGUUUAAGUAGAUUCCUCAUUUUUUGAAGAGAGUGCAGAGAAGCAUGAGAGCUGGAGAGAUUAGCAUACCGCUGUCUCCUAGAGAGACCUUGGGGCUGUUAGUAGUUGCCAUGGUGACUUGAUUGGAUAAUCGGCUUUUCCACGGAGGUGGGCUUUGUUUAUUGUUAGGACACAGAAAGGAUUUUUUUUUUUUUUUUACCCACCCAAAGUACCUACUGAAGUCUCAUGCAAAGUAUCCUAGUCGGGUAAUGGCCAAAGAACAAGCACGUACCUACCACAUACGAACACAUAUGUGGUCCUAGAGUGUUUGGGGAGUCUGAGGGACUGGUUUUACAGAUGUAUCCAGAAAGUGAAUUUUUCAUGAGGUCAUUGUUCCUCAUCUGGGAUAAAAUCCUAAAAUAUUUGCUUGGCCUUGUAGGAGUACUUGUUGAAACAUAAACGUGCACUUGCACUGCUGGAAAUGUUGGACUGGUUCUGCCCAGCUGGGUCAGACCACUCUUUACCAGUGUUAGUCUUCAAAACCAUAUCUGUUGAGCAAACACAAACCCAGUGUCUUUAACUCUCAGUACUGCCAAAAUCUGUUUGUUGAAGGAGUAUUGAAAAGCCUCAAGAGAAGAAUAAUGUUGAAACUUGAAUUUGGAGGAGGAGGACUAGAAAUCAACACAUUGCUUGAAUGUAAUCUGUUUACGAUUUAUACGCAGAUUCUUGCUCCUAAACAUUUCAAUACAAGAGAAUGCUGUCAGAAAUAGAUUUCUCAUUACAAUGAAUGUAUUUGUUGUUUGACAUGUAUUUAAUUGCCGGCAAACAGCUUUCUCUUGAACCUCGUGGCAUGGGGCACGGCAACUCCCCUCCCCUUUAUAAUAUAUUAUGUGAAAAGGAAAAACAAAAUUGAGGACAAUAUUUCACACUUUGCUUGAUGCUGUUGUGUUUUCUUAUGUAUGCAUCUUGAAAUUUUUAUUCCAACUCAGUGAUUGUAUGAGAAAAAUUGUAUAUUUAACAGAAAAAAAAUAAAAUUUGGGAAAUUAGAA